AUGGCUACCCCGGGUACCACAAAGCGCGACGUAAGGAAUCACGUCCUCUUCGAGGUCGCGACCGAAGUCGCCAAUCGAGCCCAGGUCACCACAGCAGAGUAUGGCUCAGCUUACACACUGAUCGGUCCCUUGAACCGCAACUCGGUCGAGGAGCUCGAGCCCAAGGACCCUGCCAUGGUAGCGACCAUCAAAUCCAUGAACGAGCGUGGCAUCCAGACACUAUACGGAAGAUGGUUGAUCGAUGGUGCCCCGAGAGUGUUGCUUUUCGACACUGGCACUGGUUACUACAAACUCGACGAGUGGAAGGGCGACCUUUGGGCAACUGCCGGCAUCCCUUCGCCUGCAGACGACCAUGAGACCAACGAGGCCAUUGUCUUUGGCUACCUUGUUGCAUGGUUCCUCGGAGAGUACGUCUACCACGAGAAGGAGCGCGCAGUCGUUGCUCAGUUCCACGAGUGGCUCGCCGGUGUUGCUCUUCCUCUGUGCAAGAAGCGCAGAAUUGACGUGACCACCAUCUUCACCACUCACGCAACCCUCCUCGGUCGUUAUCUCUGCGCCGGCUCUGUCGACUUUUACAACAACCUGCAAUACUUUGACUGCGACGCCGAGGCCGGAAAGAGAGGCAUUUACCAUCGCUACUGCAUAGAACGCGGUGCUGCUCACGCCGCCGAUGUCUUCACAACCGUAUCGCAUAUCACUGCUUACGAGAGUGAACAUCUGCUCAAGCGCAAGCCCGAUGGUGUCUUGCCCAACGGUCUGAACGUCAAGAAGUUCUCGGCAACCCACGAGUUCCAAAACUUGCAUCAAGUAAACAAGGAGCGAAUCAACGACUUUGUCCGUGGCCACUUCUAUGGCCACAACGAUUUCGAUCCCGACAAGACUCUAUACUUCUUCACCGCAGGUCGUUACGAGUACCGCAAUAAGGGUGUCGACAUGUUCAUCGAAUCUCUGGCCCGUCUCAACCACCGUCUCAAGGCAGCUGGUUCCGAUAUGACCGUUGUCGCUUUCAUCAUUAUGCCCGCACAAACCACCUCGCUCGCCGUCGAGGCCCUCAAGGGUCAAGCCGUCCUCAAGUCUCUGCACGACACUGUCAGCUCCAUCGAGAAGAACAUUGGCAAAAAGCUCUUUGAGCGCUCUUUGGCAUGGCAUGAGNGGCAGAACCCUCCUGAUGAGACUGGCCUCUUGACGGCAGAAGACAAGGUUCUGCUUCGUCGUCGUCUCUUCGCCAUGAAGCGCUCCAACUUGCCUCCCAUUGUUACUCACAACAUGGUCAAUGACCAGGAAGACCCCAUCCUGAACCAAAUCCGCCGCUGCCAGCUCUUCAACCACCCCACCGACCGUGUCAAGGUUGUUUUCCACCCCGAGUUCUUGAGCUCCGGUAACCCAGUCCUCCCAAUGGACUACGACGACUUUGUUCGCGGUACCCAUCUGGGUGUCUUCUCGUCUUACUACGAGCCCUGGGGCUACACUCCUGCCGAGUGUACCGUCAUGGGUGUUCCUUCCAUUACCACCAACCUGUCUGGAUUCGGAUGCUACAUGGAAGAACUGAUCGAGAAUGCUCAAGACUACGGUAUCUAUAUUGUGGACAGACGUAUGAAGGGCGUCGACGACAGUGUCAACCAACUCACCGAGUACAUGUUCGACUUCGUCGGAAAGAGCCGCAGACAACGCAUCAACCAACGCAACCGUACCGAGAGAUUGAGCGACCUCUUGGACUGGAAACGCAUGGGUAUGGAGUACGUCAAGGCCAGACAGCUGGCUCUUAGAAGAGCAUACCCUACUUCAUUCGAGGGCGACGAAGAACCUGGCUUCUUUGAUGGCACCGAAGUGAAGAUCUCUCGCCCGCUUUCUGCACCUGGCUCGCCAAGAGACCGCUCAGGCAUGAUGACUCCUGGUGAUUUUGCAUCUCUGCAAGAAGUGNAGGAAGAAGAUGUCGACGAGUACCCAUUCCCGCUCACCCUGCGAAGCAAGACGUCGUCGGCAAACGGAACCGGCACCACAACACCCACCAACGGCACUGCAAGCAACCUGACUAGCAACACUAGCGGUGCUGCCUUUUAA